AUGGAUGGCGAUCAACGUAUGAAGCAGAAUGAAAGGUCAAUGUCUCGGUCUGGAAAUGCCGCUCGCAGAGCACCUGGUCGUGCAACCGAUUUCGACCCAGCCAUACAACCACGUGGAGACCAAACGGGGAUGUCGCAACCCCCGGAGCAAGCCCCGAUGUCCUACGACUACGGAUACACAGGCAGCUCCUUCCACGGUUCCCUGCAGUCGAAUGACUUACAGAACUACCAGCCCCAGGACUUUGUGCGGGCUCAACGACCCCAACAAGCGUCUAUUCAACAUCAGCGACGGCGUGCGCCUCAGGACCCAGCAUUCUCACCCUAUGAGUCGAGCAUGUUAUAUGGGUUCAGUCAGCAGGGUCCAACCCAAGGACACUUCGAGGUUGUGCCACAGUACCAGACACGGCAGUCUGCAGCCAUUGAUGUUCUGUCGAACCAAUUCGUUCCACAGUAUUUUCCACCAGAGGAAUCUGCAGGGUCUGGGGUUGCAGGACUCUCUUAUCUAAAUGCACAACUCCAACCUUAUAACCAACCGGGUCCCAUGGCACGCCCGAACACCACCCAGUCCUUUUCUGAACCCAUCUCUGAUUUCACUGUCGGUUCCGGGUCCAUGAACCGAUUGGAUCAGCCCCAAACAGAGUCCCAACAGUCGGAUCAGCCCAGCCUGGAGGAGGCAAUCGGACGAUAUAACCGCAUCUUGCGCCGCACUUUUGAUCAAACGCGAGCCGGAAGAUUGGUAGAGGCUGGAGGAUCGCUACUCGAAAUUUCCGAGUGGCUUGUGACCAAUGCACGGGAUCUUGGCCUCCUCCAUGACGACAGCAUCCAGUACUCCGAUCGUCUGAAGCUAUGGAGCGAAUUCAACCUAUGUUGGCUGGCCAUCUGUCAAAAACAAAAGGAUUUGAUGAUGGAAGUGAUUGCGACAAGUCAACAACCUUCGCAUACUAGUCUCAUUCGGCGAGACCGUAUGGAGACUAUGGGAAGAGACCUAAUUCAGCUUUGCGACCAACUUGAACCACACGGGUUAGUGGAUUAUCAAAUGGGCAUAUGGGAAGAAGAGAUACUAUCCGGUGAGUUUGCGCUAUACUCCACUACACCUAUAUUACCUCCUAAUCAUCACCAAACCCCAGUCUUGGGCCAAUGCCUUGAUCUCAUGGACAGUAGACCCGACCUUCAUCACAUCCCUGCCAGACUCGAAGCCACGGCAGUGCCACGACCAUGA